CACACACACACACACCCACACACACGCAAAAACCUCUAUUUCCUAUAAACACGCCCCUUAAACCCCUCUCUCUCUCUCUCUCUCUCUGUCUCUCUUUUUCGCACACACACCUACACAUGCAUGCGCACGGACGCUCGCGCAAAUCACACAACUAGAUGUUGUACACACUGAUAGUGUAAUUCUACUACAGGCACACACACACGCACACUGAGAGAGCUUAGAGCCAAGUGACAAAUGACGUCACCCUCUUCCUGCUCACCAGGAGGGGUUCCUGUUUCUAAACACACACACACGCACGCGCGCGCGCUCGACCUAGGUCAGCCGACCCACCGGAAAUGUGAAAAACAGCCCAGCGUUUGAGUUCCUUUUAUUAAAAUGUACCGUUUUGCCAGUCAGUUGACAUUAAAAACUCGAUUUAGUGUAAAAGUCGUUCUAACUCUUGAAGUGUCUCACAUUUUGUCCACUUUUAUCAGCUCAUUAGGAUUUUUUUUUUUUUCCCCAGCGCAUCCCCACAGCAUGCUGCUGCCACUGCCACGGGACUGACUGAACACACCUGAUGUCACACUUUUCAGAUUUCGUGUUUUGAAAUCAUUUUUGAAACACAAAAUCAUGCAGAGAAACCACAGCGCCUCCCAGCAGCAGUCUCUCAGCAGCAGUCUCUCAGCAGCAGUCUCUCAGCAGCAGUCUCUCAGCAGCAGUCUCUCAGCCUCAGUCUCUCAGCAGCAGUCUCUCAGCCUCAGUCUCUCAGCAGCAGUCUCUCAGCCUCAGUCUCUCAGCAGCAGUCUCUCAGCCAGUCGGUGUGUUUCUGCAGUGACUUGAAUGUUCCACAUGUUUUCCAAUGAGCCACCAGCUUAAAUGUGAUUUACAAAACCCACCGGCUUUGUACAUUCACUUUUUGAAACCAUAUCUCAGAGCUCAGUCAGCAUCUGUCAAUGGCAAAUUUCGUGUCUGGGCAAAACAUUCUUAUUUGCAUUUAGGUCUGAACUUCGAUUGGACCAUUCUAAUGAAUGAAUAGCUAUAUGUUGAUCUCGGAACCAUUUUUUAGUUUUGGAGUGUGUCGGGUUGCCCCGGCUUCAGUUUCAUGUCUGCUUCCUACACAACAAGGCUUGUUUUGGCUUUUUUUCUUGACUAGAAACAAAGGAGGACAUUAUUCAGAGUAGAUGUUUAGGUUAAAUGUGAUGGAAGAGAUGAUUGAAUGGAUCAGUGGAUUUUAAGGUUUAGGAAAAUGAAAUAAUUUUGAAUAAUAUAUGUUAAAAUUUGCUUAUGAAUAGCAUUUUAUCACUUGCUUUUCUUUUAGUCGGACAGCACCACUUCAUCAGUCUGCUGGUAUCUGUUUUAUUUUGGGAUUAGGGUUCUAAGCUUCUUAAAGGUGUAAAAUAUACUGUUGUGUACUUUAUGGAGGAUUGCAUUGAAAUACAAAUGAAAAGCAUUUGCUGGACUUGAAUAAUACAUUUUUGCAUUGAACUAUUACACUGAAUUCUGAACAAAUGUAAACUUUUAAAGAAUUUUAAUUAUUAAUGCAUGAUGAAACAAUUACAGCAAAUAUUAAAUUAUGCUCAGAGGAUAAACACAGAGGAAGUAAUUAGUGCGGUGUAUUAGGUGACAGUUCAUAUUUUAGUAAUAAUAAUUCUUGGUUAGUUUGCUAAAUAUCUUCGGUCGUUGGUAUUGAUGAAUCUCCUUUGUUCUUUUCUUUACUUUUCUUUUCUUUCUUUCUUUUUUUUGAUACAACCAAUACUUAACAGAGUGAGAGGUCUUUAGUUUUUCCCUCUCUCCGGUUGAGUUUCCUGUUUCCUCUUUGGCCCCGCCUCCCCCUUUGAAGAGUCAACAGCGCCAAAACUUUCGGGGUCCUUCCUGGGAGGAAAAUGAGCCGCAGUGUCGCUGGGCCGCAGUGGAAGAAAGUUCACUCCGUCACUGGAGUCAUUCCCCGGUCCAGGCAUGGACACCGGGCGGCAGCAAUCCGCGAGCUCAUCAUUGUAUUCGGUGGCGGGAACGAAGGGAUAGCGGAGGACCUCCAUGUCUUUAACACGAUCUCCAAACAAUGGUUCCUCCCUGCUGUGAGGGGGGACAUCCCACCCGGGUGUGCAGCUCAUGGCUUUGUCUGCGAAGGCACCCGGAUCCUGGUGUUCGGUGGCAUGGUUGAGUAUGGAAAGUACACCAACAGCCUCUAUGAGCUCCAGGCCAGCCGGUGGCUCUGGAAGAAGCUGAAGCCCAGAGCGCCCAGGAACGGAUCCCUGCCCUGCCCUCGGAUCGGACACAGCUUCACCCUGGCGGGGGGGAAGUGUUACCUAUUCGGGGGCCUGGCCAAUGACAGCGAGGACCCCAACGGGAAUGUACCGAGGUACCUGGGGGACUUCUACGAGCUGGAGCUGCAGCCGCUGACGGGAGCGAGAGGCUGGAACGUUCCCGACACCAAGGGCGGCGGGCCGUCGGCGCGAGAGUCGCACACCUGCGUGGCGUACGCCAGCCUCGGCUCGCCCAAGCUCUACGUGUUUGGGGGCAUGCAGGGAUGCAGACUCAAUGACCUCUGGCAGCUUGACCUCAGUUCCAUGGUUUGGUCCACGCCUGAAACCAGCGGCUCCAACCCUCUUCCCAGAAGCCUCCACUCUGCCAACGUCGUUGGAAACAGGAUGUUUGUUUUUGGAGGCUGGACUCUUGCUCCAGAGUCGGACAAACGGAUCACCACGGCAACAGAGUGGAUUUGUUCCAACUCGCUGGAUUCUCUGAACCUGGACUCGAUGUGCUGGGAGUGCGUCGGCCCGGAGCAGCAGGACGACAUCCAGUCAGAGCUGCAGGACCAGAACCAGAACCAGGGCCCGCAGGCGGAUGACCCGUCCGCCUGCUGGCCCCGAGCCAGAGCCGGCCACUGCUCGGCCGCCGUCGGCUCCAGGCUGUACAUCUGGAGCGGCCGCGACGGCUACCGCAAGAGCUGGAACUACCAGGUGUGCUGCAAGGACCUCUGGUACCUGGAGACAGAUCGUCCGACUGCGCCAGAGGGAGUGAUGCUCAUCAAGUCCACGGUCAACGUGCUUCACGUGGCGUGGCGCCCCCUGGCUGCAGCAGACUUCUACAUCCUGCAGAUCCAGCCAGUGGUCCGCUGUCCAAGCACCAAACCAGUUCAGCUGACUGGAACAGAAGGACAAACUGGGACAAGUCAAUGUCCUGCAGGUCCUCAGUCCCUUCAGAAUCCGAACAAGGACCGGUGCGGUCCAGAACAGAAUGCAUCGGCCCAGGACUCAUCAGCUCCAUCAGGUGAAACCAAAGCGGAGGAGCAGAGUGCUGGGAGAGAGUCUGAGUCCAAACACUGCGGAGGAGCAGCGAUGGAGGAGAGCAGCUCAGCUCAGCAGCAGCAGUCAGACAAACAAACCGCUCCAGGUAACCAGACGGGGGAUCCGUACGCCAACACAGAUCAGGCUAAGGAGACGCAAGAUGGCUGCCUGUGGUUCGACGUUGGCGUGUUUAAGACGCUCUACUGCGAGGUCAGCCACUACUUCCUGCCAGCCGAAGACCAGCAGGCUUUCCUCCAGAGGAAGCUGCCCAGCCCUCAGGACUACCAGGGCCGGGAGAAACAGCCGCUGAUCCCGGGUCAGAUGUACCGCUUCAGGGUGGCUGGAAUCAACUGCUUCUCUCAGGGAGACUUCAGCCCCGCCAGCGAAUUCAAGACCUGCCAGCCCGGCUUCCCCGGAGCGCCCGCCGCCGUCAAGAUCUCCAAGGCCAGUGAUGCGGUCCAGAUCACCUGGGAGGCCCCGACGUCUCCGUCGGGUCGGAUUCUGGAGUACUCCAUGUACCUGGCGGUAAGGAAGAACCGGUCCGGCUCGGAGCGCCCGGGGCAAAUGGCCUUCAUCCGGAUCUACCGCGGCACCAAGACCAGCUGCUCGGUCAGCUCCUCCCACCUGGAGAACGCCCACAUCGACAGCUCGGGUUCCUGCCGGCCCGCCGUCGUCUUCCGCAUCGCUGCCAAGAACGAGCAGGGCUACGGACCGGCCACGCAGAUCCGCUGGAUCCAAGAUCCUAUCAAACUGCGAGGCUCUGCUGCCAAACCAGACGGCAGCACUGAGGCUGACCCUGACGCAGCUGACAGCUCCAGCUGAGGCGGUUCUGGACCAGCUACAGGAAGGAAAAAUCCCCUCAGGAAGUCGAACUGGACAUUUCUAAAACAUCUUUCCUAAUUUAUUUUUCUCUGAUGAAACUGUAAAUAGAUUCACAGGCCAAUUUUACCUCCAACUGUUUUAUUUAGCAACAGUUUUAUGAAAUCUCUAACAUGAAGACAUUGUCAGGUGAGAAACAUUCAGUAAUUGUUUUUAUAGACCUGGAUGAUGAUUUCAUCAUCAUUAAUAAUAAAUAAUUAUAUUUAGAUAUGACUGAAACACCAGGAGGAAACACUAUGCUAAUGAAAUCUGUGUUCAGCAGAGGCUGGGUUCUGAUUCACUUUGUUUUUUUCUCCUUUUAAACUGCAUGGUACUUCACAUGUGUUCUGUUUUUAGUUUUAGACAUCUAAUGAAAGAAAACGUCUUCCAUUUUGUCACAAAAUCAACAAAAAUAAAGUUCCAGCAAAUCAUAAAAAGGCUGGUAUUUUAAAGCAUAGCCGGUCCAAGAUGGUAGGAGGCCUCGGGAGAACUUCAGUUUCUGCCCCCAUUCUAGUUUGUAUUAUUUAUUAAAUUAGGUUAUUUUUCUUCCUUAUUCAUUCGAUGUGGCGGUUAUGUUCACUGGUAAUGUUGGGAAACGGAAGCAAAUUUUUUGCCUGAUUAAGCUGGUAGCAGGACUAUCAAACAAUGCUACGUCUGUAUUAUUUGAACUUUUAUUUUUAGUUCUCUGAAGCGCUUUUUUUUUAUUUUGUAAGUCAAAUUUACAAUAAAAAUGAUUCAUAAUUUGAAGCUUAAGUGAGAGGAUUCUUAACAGCAGUGCACAUGGUUAGGCUGGCUCUGCCUCCAUCUAUCACCCCAGGCAGUGCCAGUGAUAUGUGCAUAAAGGGUGUGUGUGCCGGGUGUAUUGGAUAAAGGGGAAGCUCUUGCCGUUGGUGGCUGUUUAUUUCAAAGAGAACCUCAGACAAACAGGAACUGAUGCGAAUGGCACGGGGUCUCAGCUUCCUGUCAGGACGCCUGAAAUACAAGCUCUUCUACUGUCUGCGGUCGACUUCACUGAUGCUGUUUUACUGAUCUUCAGGGGAAAAACAAAGUCCUGAUUAUAUUGCAAAUUAUAUACAAAUUGUAUAACAGUUUAAUACGAAACAGUUUUUUUUUCCCAGCAUUUUUCAUUACGAAAUAUUUGAAAUUAUGACUUUGUCUUCCUAUUGUAGGAGUCCUCCACUUGGUUACCAGUUUUCUGUACUGUAUCUCUAGCUUAGCUGGAGUUACUUUCUUCCAUUUUUUUUAUCUGCAAAUGUUUUUAUGCUCUGAAAAAUAUAAUUUCUGUGAAAGUAAAUACUUCAAUUUGACUCCAGAGGCCAAACUGGAAUCAGCGUUUUUAAUAUCUGUGUUCCCCAGAACUGCAUGUACUUUAGUCAAUUCUGGACAAACUGCAGAUAAAACUAAACGUAUUCUUAUUCAAGAUAAAUAAAGUUGAUAAUAUCCCACAACAUGAA